AUGUCGAACCUCAACUUCAAAUGCGCCCUUAUCACCGGAGGUGGGGGCGGCAUUGGUCGUGCCAUGGCGGAGUAUUUCAUCUCCAAGGGGAAGAAGGUCAUCAUCUGCGGCCGGACCGAGGCGAACCUGAAAAUUACACUCAAGGAGAUCAACUGCGCAGGCUAUUACGUUGUUGACACGGGAGACACUGCGAAAUUACCAGACUUUAUUGAGAAGAUCACCAAGGAGCACCCCGAUCUAGACUGUCUCGUCAACAACGCAGGUGUCCAGCGGCCCCUGCAAGUACUAAAGGACGACCCGGCGGACCUGCUCUCCAAGGCUGACAACGAGAUCGACGUGAAUAUCCGCGGACCCAUGCACCUGGCUGUCGGGCUGCUGGAGCACUUUAAGAGCAAGCCCGCAGCCUCGAUCAUCAACGUCUCGAGCGUCCUGGGCUUCGUGCCGUUCAGCAUCCUGAACCCUGUCUACAACGGCACCAAGGCGUGGGUGCACUUCUGGACCAUGUCGCUGAGGGUCCAGCUGAAGGACACGAACAUCAAGAUCAUAGAAAUCGCGCCGCCCCAGGUCGGCACGGAUCUGCACCGCGAGAGGGAGGACCCUGAUGACAACAAGAAGCACAAGAGCCCUACCGCUCUGACUGUGGAGGAGUUCAUGGAGGAGGUCGCCCAGAAACUGGAGCGUGGGGAUGAGACGUUUGCAGCUGGCAUGGGGCAGAAAAUGGUUGACAAGUGGUACGACUCUUUUGGCGAGACGUUUGACCAAGCUGCGAAGAACUGGAAAUAG